AUGAUAGGGAGUUGGAAUAUUAGAGGCCUUAACGGCUUCUCGAAACAACACGCUGUGUGGAAUUGGAUUUCUGACUCUUCUUUGGGGUUGAUUGGUUUGUUGGAGACUAAGGUUGAGCAAUCUCAUUUACAGUCAGUGGUCUCGUCUGUUUGUCCUUCGUGGCAGUUUUUAUCGAAUGCGACAAAUUCUAUUGCUUGCUGUGUUCUGGUAUGUUGGGACUCUUCUCUUUACUCUGUGCAUAGUCUUCAUUGCUCUCUUCAGGAGAUUACUUGCAGGGUUACUCAUGUUUCUGAGGGGUUCUCAUUUGGGAUUACUUUUGUGUAUGGUUCUAAUGACCCUGGGAAUCGCCGCAAUCUAUGGGAUUUCCUUAGGGAUCAGUCGGCAGUGUUUGAUUCAGAGGGGCUCUCGUGGCUUAUGUUGGGGGAUUUUAAUGCCAUCUUGGGAGCCUCUGACAGAGUGGGUGGUGAUCCUGAGUGGUAUGGUUAUAUGGAUGAUUUUGGCCAAUGUAUCCAUGAUGCUGAGUUGAUUGGGGUUCCUUUUACUAGGCUUCGAUAUACUUGGCAUAACGGUCAACAGGGCGAUGGGAUUAUUUUACGGAAGCUCGAUUGGGUCUUUGCAUCACUUUCUUGGUUCCUUGAUCAACCAAGCACAGUUUCAGAGUUUCGACCUCGAGAUGUUUCAGAUCAAAGCUCUAUUAUAGUCCGGUUUGGUCCCCGCCGUGGCAAGGUACCAUCCCCUUUUAAAUUUCUAAAUUUUUGGGCUGAUCAUGCAAAUUUUAGGGAUAUUGUUCAGGCAGUUUGGGACGAGCCUCUUGUAGGCAAUCCUAUGUUCCGUCUUACGCAGAAAUUGGGGCUAGUGAAACGGAAGCUAAAAGCUUUACAUAUUCGGGCUUCCAGUCAUAUCUCCAGCAGGGUACUUGAGGCUCGGGCUCGGUGGGCAGCAGCCCAGGGAAAUUUGGAUCGGGACCCCUUUUCUACUGAGUGUAUCUCUGAGGAGAGGAACCUUGCCAACCAGUAUUUCAGUCUUUGUCGAGAUGAGGAGGCUUUCUUUAAGCAGCGGUCUCGUGUUCAGUGGUUGCACUUAGGGGAUCAGAAUACUAAGUUCUUUCAUAAGUCGUUGAUCCAUAGGCAGGUUCGGAACCGCAUCCACGGUUUGACUGAUGGGCAUGGUACACAUAUUACUGACAGUCAGGGAUUAGGGCGUUUGGCGGUGGGUUUUUUUCAGGAUCUUCUUACUGCCCCUAGUCGACCUCAGAUUGCCGAGGCUUCCAGGUAUUUUUCUGGCCGCAUUUCUCCUGAUAUGAUUUCUCCAUUGACUGCUCCUAUCACUGAUGAUGAGAUUAGGAUUGCUUUAUUCUCUAUCCCGGAUGAUAAAUCCCCAGGCCCGGAUGGAUUCACAUCUUUGUUUUUUAAGCGGGCAUGGGAUAUUAUUGGUACAGAUUUCAGGGAUGCAGUGAGACAUUUUUUUGCUACUAAUGAAAUGCCAAGAUGUGUUAAUGCCACCAGGAUUGCUUUGGUUCCUAAGGUGGAGAGCCCGAGUCGUAUGACAGACUUUAGGCCGAUAUCUUGUUGUAAUGUACUUUACAAGUGCAUUACUAAGGUGAUUGUGAAUCGGUUUAAAGUUGUGCUUCCGGAUAUUAUUGGGGUUUCCCAGUCAGCUUUUGUCCCGGGUCGAAGGAUUUCUGAUAAUAUUCUGCUGACUCAGGAGCUUUUGCGGAAUUAUCAUCUUGGGGGUUCUUCACCUCGAUGUGCCCUUAAAGUUGAUAUUCGGAAAGCUUUUGAUACUGUGAGUUGGGAGUUCAUCCUUUUGGGAUUGCGUACUGUGGGGUUUCCUGAGCGUAUGGUGAGGUGGAUCAUGACAUGUAUCUCUACACCGUAUUUCUCUGUUGCCCUGAACGGAGAGCUUCACGGAUUUUUUAGGUCCUCCCGGGGUGUGCGGCAGGGGGACCCUCUUUCUCCUUACCUUUUUGUGUUGGCUAUGGAGGGGUUAGCUGGUAUUUUUCGGGAAACCUCUCACAGCCCUGGUUUUCAGUAUCAUUGGAGAUGUAGGCAGGUUUAUUGGUCCUCCAUGUUUCUUUUGCCGGCAGCUACAGUUAGACGGAUUGAGAGUAUUUUGGCCUCGUUUCUUUGGAAGGGUACUUCUUUAUCCCCUUCUGGUGCUAAGGUUCCAUGGUCUUUUGUUUGCUAUCCAUUGACGGAGGGUGGCCUGGGGAUUAAGAGGAUCCAAGAUUGGAACAGGCGGCUAUUCUUAAACACAUUUGGAGACUACUUACUGAUAGAUCUUCUAUAUGGUCUUCUUGGGCCCGUUUGGUUCUCCUCUGUGGUCGGUCCUUUUGGCAUAUCCGAGUUACUUCUGGGGCUUCAUGGGCUUGGAGGAAGAUUUUACUUAGCAGGGCUUGGUGCAGGGGUCUUAUUGUGA